GGACCAUCUUUCUAAAACAUUGAUAUGGUUUGGUUUAGCUUGCUCGGGUAUCAUCCUCCCAGUUUUUUUGGUUGUUGUUUUGCCUAUUUCUCUUUGUAGAAAAGUCAUUGGUUUUUCUUUAUCUACAAGUUAAAUACAAACUCUUUAUCCUGGGAUUUAAGACCCUCCAUAGUUUUUCCAUCUUACUUUGAAUUGCUCCCUUACAUACCACCCAGCCCAACUAGUUUGUUUACUAUCCCCUAAAUAUUCUUUUUAAUUUCUCACCUGACUACACAACCCUAAGAAAUCUGUCCCUCCACUGGAUCCUGUACCCUACAUAUCUAUUCCACUCCUUUUGACACAUUAUAUAGAAAGCUAUGUACUGAUCCCAUUCUAAUCUAUGUCUUUGUUACCUUGCACAUAACAGGUGCUCAAUUAUACUUGUGGAUUAAUUUUGGAGCUGUCUCUCCUCUCCACUCAAGCAGGAAUACAUCUCUUUUUAUAUUGCAUCCUGAAGAACUUUGCUAAAUCUUAAGUGACAGUGAGAUGUGUGUAACCAUAUGUGUGUGUAUACAUAUCAGGGAUUGGUAUAUAGUUUGAGGAACUAACCACUUCCUCUGACAUUUUAACCAAGGCAAUUUCUUAGUAAUGAUAAGAACUCUGAGACCCAAGUCGUAAUUCCAGUUCAAAGGCAGAGUUCUCUAUUCUAUGUUGCCUACGUGACCAGUUACAAACAUAACCAAAUAGUGACAAGAUGAAAGUGAAAAAUGGAUCAUUUCUAUGGUACCUAUACUUGGAUAAAAUAUACUGUUUACUAUCAGUGAGAAAUGUCAAGGCACUGUCGGAAUAUUUUCAAGUCCUUGAUGUGCACAAAAAGCAGGCUCUGAAUGAUGUAGUCUUCUAUCACUUUCUUCAUCACGUGACUGACUUGAACAGGAACCAAAUUAUGAUAGUGUUUGACAUGCUGGAUUGGAAUGCCACAGGAGAGAUUGGCUUUGAUGAGUUCUACAUGCUCGUUUGUGUCCUACUGUCACAUGAGAAUCACUUGGAAGAGCGGUUUCUCUAUCGACAUUCCCGGCCUGUGUUUGAGCUGCUUGACAGAGAUGGGGCACUUAGGGUUAGGUUAAGGCAGUUUGAAGCCUUCCGAUUCCUCUUUAAUUUCAGAAACCAGGAAAUGAAACAGAUCUUCAAGAACUUUGAUGUUACAGGUGAUGAGCGUCUUAAUUACAAAGAGUUCAAGUUGUUCACUAUCUUCUGCCUUGACAAACAUCAGGAGAGGCAGAAAUCAGAGAGAAGUAAACAUCUGCUCCUGAAACAGCAAAGUCUCUUUGAAAGCUGGAGAAAGCAACACAGAAGUCAGAAAUAA